AUGUCUUCCGCAAAAGGGUUCGAAGAGGGCAAGGACAAAGCGCUCGAAGUGCUCGCAACCUACCUCUCGGACGACGAAUUGGUCGACUUCAGCAACUACAACAUGCAGGGGUCCUGCAGCCCCGAAGACCGGGAGAAAUUCAUAAAUCUGACAAAUAUGCACCAGCACGCGCUGUAUCAAUUAGGUCUGGCAAUGAUGGAGUGUGAAGUCGAGGGCGAAGGCGCGCUGGAGGUCUUCACGGACAUGAUGGCGAUGACCGAGGAGGCUCUGAGGCAGCUCAGGGAGACCGAGACGCCCGACGACGCCCCGGAAGUCGGUGGUGGAUCUCCGGGGGCGGAUUUAGGCCAGGUCGAAUUAAUAGAGUGA